UCUACAUAUUGUUAAUCCUAAGUUAGACCACUACCACCACCACUACCACCUCCUCCUCCUCCACCGUGCUUCCAUUUGCUUCGGCCCAUAAAGCAUAAUGGUUGCACCACCGCGACCAGGCAUGCCUGGAAAGAAAUACAGUUCUAUGCGCCCUCCCAGUUUCCGUCCUACCAACUCGCGCUCUCAAUCCAGCACACCCGCUCCCACAGGUCGCGCAUCUCCCGCAGAUUCAAUCGCCUCGACAGGUGCGUCUCGAACGCGAUCGCCAGCAAUAGCUGGAACAAAGCGUAAAGAGAGGGAGUUUGAAAAUGAUGCGGCGAUCGAGACCAAUAUCAAUGUGGUCGUGCGCUGUCGCGGACGCAGCGAUCGAGAAGUCAAGGAAAACAGUGGUGUUGUUGUCUCCGCAAAUGGCAUCAAGGGGAACAGUCUGGUACUAUCAAUGGGGCCCAGCGCUCUCAGCAACAAGACCUACCACUUUGACAAGGUCUUCUCGCAUGCAGCCGAUCAAUGUACGAUAUAUGACGAAGUAGUGGCGCCUAUAUUGGACGAAGUUUUAGAAGGCUUCAAUUGUACAAUUUUCGCGUAUGGACAGACUGGUACAGGCAAAACAUACACCAUGUCCGGAGACAUCUCAACCAUCCUGCCGCUUCCCGACUCUGCUGGUAUCAUUCCUCGUGUUCUAUACUCUCUGUUCGCGAAACUCGAUGGGGGAGACCAUGAGAACGCCGUCAAAUGUUCGUUCAUUGAACUGUACAACGAGGAACUCCGAGACCUUCUUUCGGUAGAAGAAGGUUCAAAGCUGAAGAUAUACGAAGACAACUCACGGAAAAGCCAUCAUGGGACCCUAGUUCAGGGCAUGGAAGAGACGUACAUCAAAUCCGCUGCUGAGGGUAUUCAGCGCCUACAGAGCGGAAGUCAUAAGCGACAGGUGGCUGCAACCAAAUGCAACGAUCUGAGCUCAAGAAGUCACACUAUAUUCACCAUCACGGUUCUCAUCAAGCGGCCUUCGGAUACAGGCGGAGAGGACUAUCUUUGUACCGGUAAACUAAAUCUGGUUGAUCUUGCAGGCAGCGAGAAUAUACAACGCAGUGGCGCUGAGAACAAGCGUGCUACGGAAGCUGGUCUCAUCAACAAGAGUCUCCUAACGCUCGGCCGUGUGAUUAACGCGUUGGUCGAGAAGGGCUCGCAUAUACCUUACCGUGAGUCGAAGUUGACCCGUCUCUUGCAAGAUUCUCUUGGAGGUCGUACGAAGACCUGCAUCAUCGCAACACUUUCACCCGCCAAAAGCAAUUUAGAAGAAACAAUAUCUACUCUCGACUAUGCCUUUAGAGCUAAGAACAUCCGAAACAAGCCUCAGCAUAACCAAACUAUAUCAAAAUGGACAAUGCUAAAAGAUUACACUUCGGAGAUUGAGAAGCUGAAGAGCGAAUUAAUAGCAGCGCGGCAGAGGAAUGGAGUAUAUCUCACUCCUGAAUCAUACGAGGCACUCACUACGGAAAACGAGUCUCGAAGAUUAUUAAGCGAGGAACAAAGAGACAAGAUCGAAACUGUGGAAUCACAUUUGCGGAACAAAGUCCAGGAGCUCUUCUCUCUGAUAACUAACUUUAAUACCCUAAAAAGAGAUAAUGAUGCGACCCGGUUGCACCUCGAAGAAACAAAGGGGAUUCUAGAAAAGACUGAUAUCGUUCUGGCCCACACUCGUCAAAGUUUGGCGGAGGAGAACCUGCUCCGGAAAGCACAUCAAAAGACUGAGGAGGAACUAGCGAACAUUGGACAAAAUAUGAUUUCAACGCUUGGGAAGACAACGUCAGAUCUCGGUGGCCUGCACGCAAAGCUAAGACGACGAUCUGCUCUACAGUCUCAGAAUCGCGACAACUGGACUUCAACACAAGCUCGAGUCGGAGAUAAGACCAGGAUGGUUGAAGAAAGAUUGAGCGAGUUUCAGUCGCAGCAAGAAAUUUUACUCUCCGAUCUCUCGACAAGAAUGCAGGGGUUUGUCGAACAGGAACUGCAAAAACUCGAAUCCUCGAAAGCUUUCAUGCAGGAGAAAAUGCUUCGCUUUCAGGCUUCCGAGAAAGAGGUCAACGAGCAGACUGCGAAGUCAAAGGACGAACUCAACGGGGUUUUGCAAGAGAUCAAAUUGCUUCGUGAAGACGUCAAGCAGAAAGUUGGAGCAGGCUUGAAUGAUCUAUCUGCUGCGGCACAGCGUAUAUCCGCUGGUAUCUCAGAAGAAUUGAAGGAGUUCCAAGCCCAGCUUCACAUAUCUUAUUCGAGCAUGGGGAAGGAAUUCAAAAACUCUUACCAAGACCUAAUCGAACGCCUUGAUGAUCAGCAGGCUAUUUCGGAUCAGCUCCAGCAACAGAUCGUGAAAGCUGAUCAAACUCUUGUCGAGUCGAGUAAAUCAGCUCAACAGCAACUUAGUGUGGUAGUCGAAGAGGAGCGUAUCAAGGCUGUGGAAGAGCGUCAGCUCUUGAUGUCACAAAUUGCGAGUCUGGUCAAUACCUCUGCUGAAGCACAGGAGGCAAGGAUUUCUAACAAGUUAUCCGUCGUCCAAGAGAGCAUGAGGUCAGCAAAUGGUCGUUACGGUACCGAGCACGACGCUUGGAAUUCAGGAAUGGACAUGUGGAAAGACAAGUCAAAAGAGAUUGUGUUCGACAUAAUCAAGUCGCGUGACAAUAUCAAGGCAAAAGUUGUUGCUGACUAUGCAGCUGCAAAUACCCAUACAGCAUCAUUGCAAUCAACGACGACAUCUGUGCACGACUCAACGGUACAAAUUGUUGAUACUCAGAUGGCACACAUGGACACACAGUUGCAAUCCCUCGACGAUAUAGUCGUGCGCAUUCGCGAGCAGAACGACUCGCAUAACAAUACACAUUCCUUGUCCCUCGCCGCACUAGGAGAUACUGUCCAGUCCUCCUACGCCAGCAUCGAAGACCACCUGGCCUCGACCUUCUCAAGAGUCCAAGAGCUUGAUGGUGACGUGACGGCUCGAAUGUCGGCUAUUCGUCAUACAUUCCCUCUUCUGUCAGCGGAUGGUGACAUACGGGCAACACUACAUGGUCUGCGCGAGGAAAUUGAGACCCAAACGCUGGUGGAAUAUGCGCCCACAGGCGAAACUCCCCAGCGCAUCCAGUACAGCUAUCCGUCCACACUUCCGCGCACGGAAGGCCACGACAACCUCCUUGCUCGACUCCGCGGUCCGCCUGUCUCCGAUUCGCCCUUGUCCGAGCCUGCUCGCAGUCCUACGAAGACUAGAGUCUUCGCAGAUGCUCCGUCGUCCUCCCCAACAGAGUCGCGUCCGCCUACUUCAGGUGGUAUCUUACCAGCUUCGACAAAUGGCUUACGGGAGAUUGAUGCCAAUGUCGUCAAGGCCCAAGAGAGCCAUUUUGGCGUGUCAGUGUCUUCUCUCGAAGCUGCUGCCAUGCCACCUCUCAAGCGCCAGAAUACUAACACGUCUGGCUUAGAUAAAAGUAUCGGUGUGGAGAGCAAGCUGCCUUCGGUGGGCAAGCGGAAGAACACAAGAAUGACUGUCGCUAGUGUGGGCAUGGGAGACAGGGAAAACCAGAUACCGCUCGUGGAGAAUUUGAGUGCGAGCGUGGGGCCAAGGCCUGGGUCAGGGCGGAGGCUGAGGAGUAGAGACAAUGUUUAACGUGUGUCGAGUCAGUACGAGGCGUCGGUGGCGUUGAAGGUUGAUACCUCUCGUUGUCCUGGGCUCAGGCGUUUCGGCGGCAGUCGGUUUGGCUUGAAAGACCCAGCUGGAGGCGUCCGGUGUGAUCUGGGGUUUCUGUACAGUCAUGACUAGAGUGUAUAGUUGAUGUUCUGUUUACGUGUAGCGUUCCGAAUACGACGAGGACUAUUUUUGUCCACUGUCUUGAUCAAUCUCGGCACGGAGAAGAAGUGACUGCGCCCGACUGUACAUCCGAUGCAGGUGGCAAUUCGUG